CUGGGAUGGUAAUGGCGCCCUACUGUACAUGUUGACGUUAGCUGCUAAGCCAUUUCGAGGUCCAUAAAAUGCAAGUGAAUGGUGACCAGAACUUCGAAGCUCCAAAAGUCACAUAAAGGCAGCAAAAAGUGAUCCAUACGACUCCAGUGGUUUAAUCCAUGUCUUCUGAAGCAAUCUAAAAGGCUUUGGGUGAGAACAGACCAAAAUAUACUUGAACAUCAGAUAUAGCUCAGCGAGCUGCCGUACUAAAAGCCUAUUAAAAGAUGGAUGAUGAUGCAGCCCUACAUCGACUAGAAGGAAGUGACCCCAGCGUAGAGGUCGGGGGGCUGAUAGUGAAGAAGAAGAGCGCUUCAGCAGAGCAGCAUGUGUUCAGAACACCCGCUCCUCGCACCUCACUCCUGGGCCUGGAUCAGCUGGCUGCCCAGAAACGCAAGGAGCGUGAGGGAAAAGAAAAGCUGGAUACAGAUACUCAGCCCAAAAAAUCUAAGGUGUCAUCCUACAAGGACUGGGAGGAGGAGAAAAGUGAUUCUGGGUCUGAUGAUGAAAAUGAGGAGGAUGGUGAGAGCAGGAAUGGAAAAAAGGAAAGAAAGUACCGCGUCACUGGCUCAGAAACGCCGUCAAACCCUGGAGGAGUUAGUGAGGAGUUCAAGCAUAAACAUCAACAGAGGGAGAAAGAUAGACGUGAACAUGGGGUUUAUGCGUCUUCCAAAGAAGACAGGAGCAGAGAAAAAGAUAGAGACAAGCCCAGAGACAGGGACCGAGAUCAAGACCGCUACCGAGACAGAGAAAGAAGAAAAGACAGAGAUGACCGGGAAAGCAGCCGCAGUCGAGGAUCCAGCAGCAGUCGCUCAGAGCGUGGGGAUGGCAGUGUGAGGAGUGAGCGUUCACAGAGGAAUGGCUGGUCUGAGCGUAUCAGCCGCGGUAGUCGCCGUGAUGAGCCUGAAUCACCACGUAACAAACCCAAAGACUUGGGCACUCCAUCACGCUCCAGCUGGGAUGAAGAUGAUAGUGGGUUUGGCAGCUCACGCCACUCAAACUGGGAGAGCCCCUCUCCUCCCCCCUCUCAAAGAGAGUAUGACCGCUCUGAGCGAAGCCAGCAUUCAGUCCGUGACAGUGAAAGAAGAGAGAAGUCAAGUAGAGCUCAGUAUCUAGCAGACACUCCUCUACCAACUCCCUCAUACAAAUACAAUGAGUGGGCCAAUGACAGGAAACAUCUGGGCUCCACCCCUCGUCUUUCCCGAGGGAAAGGAGAUAAAAGGGAAGAUGGAGAGAACGGCAUCCUUUUUAAUAAUGAGGAAGAGAAGGAACAGUGGGAGGAAGAUCAGAGGCAAGCUGAUAGAGACUGGUACAUGAUGGACGAGGGCUUUGAUGAGUUCCACAACCCUCUGACAUCCAGCUCAGAAGAAUAUGUGAAGAAGAGGGAGCAGAUCCUGCAGAAGCAGACCCAGAAGCGCAUCUCAGCACAGAAACGCCAGAUAAAUGAGGAUAAUGAACGCUGGGAGACCAACCGCAUGCUCACCAGUGGAGUGGUUCAGCGUUUGGAGGUGGACGAAGACUUUGAAGAAGACAAUGCUGCCAAAGUUCACCUGCUUGUCCAUAACCUUGUGCCUCCUUUCCUGGACGGCAGGAUUGUCUUCACUAAACAGCCUGAACCAGUCAUUCCAGUGAAAGACGCGACCUCCGAUAUGGCCAUCAUCUCCCGCAAGGGCAGUCAGCUGGUUCGACGACACAGAGAGCAGAAAGAAAGGAAAAAGGCACAACACAAACACUGGGAGCUUGCGGGCACCAAACUAGGUGACAUCAUGGGCAUUAAAAAAACCGAGGAUGAUGGAUCAGGUGGAAAGACUGUAGGAGAGGAUGGAGCUGUGGAUUAUAGAACGGAGCAGAAGUUUGCUGAUCACAUGAAGGAAAAAAACGAGGCGAGCAGUGAGUUUGCUAAGAAGAAGUCUCUGCUCGAGCAGAGACAGUACCUGCCUAUCUUUGCUGUUCGCCAGCAACUGCUCAAUAUCAUCAGGGAUAACAAUAUUGUGAUCGUAGUGGGGGAAACAGGCAGCGGUAAGACGACUCAACUGACGCAGUAUCUUCAUGAGGACGGUUACACCGGCUAUGGCAUGGUGGGCUGCACACAGCCCCGCAGAGUGGCCGCCAUGAGUGUGGCAAAGAGAGUCAGUGAGGAAAUUAACAGUAACCUUGGAGAGGAUGUUGGUUAUGCUAUCCGUUUUGAGGACUGCACAUCAGAGAAGACAGUAAUUAAGUACAUGACUGAUGGGAUUCUCCUGAGAGAGUCUCUGCGGGAGUCAGACCUGGACCACUACAGUGCCGUUAUCAUGGAUGAAGCCCACGAGCGCUCACUCAACACUGAUGUGCUCUUUGGGUUGCUGCGAGAGGUGGUGUCUAGACGCUCAGACUUGAAGCUCAUUGUCACCUCUGCCACCAUGGACUCUGACAAAUUUGCGGCAUUCUUCGGCAACGUUCCUAUUUUCCACAUUCCUGGCAGGACGUUCCCAGUCGAUAUCUUGUUCAGUAAGACUCCUCAAGAGGAUUAUGUGGAGGCGUCUGUGAAACAGGCCUUACAGAUACAUCUCAGUGGGAUGACUGGUGACAUCCUCAUCUUCAUGCCUGGUCAGGAGGACAUUGAGGUGACAUCAGAUCAGAUUGUAGAGCGAUUGGAGGAUCUAGAGAAUUCUCCGCCCCUGGCAGUGCUGCCCAUCUACUCCCAGCUUCCCUCUGACCUGCAGGCCAAAAUCUUCCAGAAGGCUCCUGAUGGAGUGAGGAAAUGUAUAGUUGCUACAAACAUUGCUGAGACAUCUCUGACCGUGGACGGCAUCAUGUUUGUGGUGGAUUCAGGUUACUGCAAACUAAAGGUUUUCAAUCCUCGCAUUGGCAUGGAUGCCCUGCAGGUAUACCCCAUCAGUCAAGCCAAUGCCAACCAGCGGGCUGGCAGAGCUGGCAGAACAGGGCCAGGACAAUGUUUCAGGUUAUACACUCAAAGUGCCUUCAAGAAUGAAAUGCUGACCUCCACUAUUCCAGAGAUCCAGCGUACCAACCUGUCCAAUGUUGUCCUGCUGCUGAAGUCUCUGGGAGUGCAAGAACUUCUGCUCUUUCACUUCAUGGACCCUCCACCUGAAGACAACAUGCUGAACUCCAUGUACCAGCUGUGGAUUUUGGGUGCUCUGGACAACACAGGUGUUCUGACUCCCACUGGGCGGCUCAUGGUGGAGUUUCCUCUGGAUCCGGCUCUGUCUAAAAUGCUGAUUGUGUCAUGUGACAUGGGCUGCAGUGCUGACAUCCUCAUCAUUGUCUCCAUGCUGUCAGUGCCAUCCAUCUUCUACAGACCAAAGGGUCGAGAAGAGGAGAGCGACCAGGUGAGAGAGAAGUUCUCAGUGCCUGAGAGUGAUCACCUGACCUACCUCAAUGUUUACCUGCAGUGGAAGAACAACAAUUACUCCAGUAUCUGGUGUAACGAUCACUUCAUCCACACUAAAGCCAUGCGCAAGGUGCGUGAGGUGCGAGCUCAGCUCAAAGACAUUAUGGUGCAGCAGAAAAUGAACCUGAUCUCCAGCGGCUCUGACUGGGAUGUGAUCAGGAAGUGCAUUUGUGCUGCAUACUUCCACCAGGCUGCUAAAUUAAAGGGAAUAGGAGAGUAUGUGAAUGUGAGAACAGGGAUGCCCUGUCAUCUGCAUCCUACCAGUUCUUUGUUUGGGAUGGGCUACACCCCAGACUACAUUAUCUACCAUGAGCUGGUCAUGACCACAAAGGAGUACAUGCAGUGUGUAACGGCAGUGGACGGCGAGUGGCUGGCAGAGCUGGGGCCUAUGUUCUACAGUAUCAAACAUGCAAACAAGAGUAGACAGGAGAACCGACGGAGAGCCAAGGAGGAGGUCUCCAAUAUGGAGGAGGAGAUGUCAUUGGCUCAAGAGCAGAUUAGGGCACGGAAAGAAGAGCAGGAGAGGAAGAGCAAUCUUGGCAGCGUCAGGUCAACGAAGAUUUUGACUCCAGGAAGGAGAGAGGACACACCCAUGACACCAAAGCGAACACCUGCACGAUUUGGCUUGUAGUGCUUGGUAUCAACAAUUUCAAAAACACAAUAUUGCCAUCAUGCUCAGUUAUUUGGAGAUGGUAUAAUUGCUACCAUCAAUUUGAUUUAUUUAAAUAUGAUUGUCACAGUGCUUGUCACAUGCAGUUCCCUGGGUUGACCAGCAGUAGGAGCAAUUGUAUAAGCAGUAAAUGCUCAUCCAAACAAAGUGAUUUGUGUCUCACUUGAAAUGUCUGGACUGACACAAAGAAAAAACAAAAAGCAAUGAUACAAAAGCAAACACCUGUGUCAUUCUUAGAUUUGAACAUACUUGCCCAAAAUAAUUGUCUCUCUCUCUCUCUCUCACACACACACACACACACACACACACACACACACACACACACAGCUUUAUAAUUUUUUAUUAGAAUAAAAAUGUUUUUUUUUUUUUUCAUCAUUGGUUUCUGUGUUUGUGUAAACAAGAGCGGCAGCAUUUAUUCAUGUACUGCUGAAAUAUUCAAUUGAUCAUGGAAUUAUAAUUCAAAUUCAGUUGUCUUUCAGAUUGUGAAAUGUGGAUGUUGUGCUGUUCUUUCAUAGAACACAGAUCAACCAUGAAUAUUAACUUCCUGUACUUUGAUAGGUCAUUCCCCUGUGGAUAUACCAUGUCUUUGUUAUUCUGACAAAAACAUUGCUAGAAAAUUUCAUCAUUCUGCUGGAAUCAACACUGACUAGGGAGGGGUCAUAUUUUGCACAGGCUUUUAUGCAAGUGAGCUGGAAGUCAUUGAACGCAUGUACUGUGCACAGACAGCGAUGACAUGCCUGCUGCUGUGAACAAAAAAUAAAAAUGCAGAAUAAUUAGCAACUUUCCACAGAGGGUCAUUCUAUUCAAGUGCUCUAUUUCUGUUUGUAAGCUUUGACUGGGGUCCAGUGAACUGAUAUAGUUUUCAUUUUUGAUGUGUUCAAUAUCUGUGUAUUGUUUAUUGUCUUCUCUGUAGUGUUUGUCUGAUAUGCAGAAGUAGAAACCUGUUUUGACUCAACUUUUGGAAAGAAUGUGCAUGGGAAUAACCAUAUUUUUAAAGUGUAAAAAGUUCACUUUAUGUGUGAUUUGUUUUAUAAUGAACAGUCUUUGCUUUGUUACUUUUACUUGUAAAUGUUAGUUUUACUUGUAAAUGGAGCCCUUCCAGAUCAUAAGUUCCCAUAAUAAUCUCUGAUACAUGUAGACGUAUGAAGUAUGACACUCGGCAGAGACCCCUUAGCUCAGCAUCCGUCGGUUUAAUGAUGGCUUUUGAGUUCAUGUUUAAAUUCAUAGAUGUUUACAUUCUGGGUUUUAGUUUUGAUUUGCAGAACAAAUUGCAAUAAUUUGGAAAUACUAUAAGUUGACAUACAGUAUAUGUACAGUAUAGGUCUGCCAUAAAAUUGGGUGGGGUUUUACCAAAAAACACUAUAUUAAAAUUCUUUGCAACAUACAAUAGAGUCAGAGUCUGUUUAAGCUAUUUGUUACAUAAAGCUAAAUCUGAUAACUGCUGUCCUAAACUGACCAAGAGUUUUUGUCCUUAAA